UCUUAAAUCGCUUUUGGAUCUGUCAACAGGUAAGAUAAUUUUGCUACUUAUUUUAUUUAGAAAUAAACUUGAUUCAUAUUUCUAUCAUUAAUCAGUUUGUAAAGAAUGGAAAAUUUUGGCGAAACAGAGACUGAAAAAAAUUCGACAUUUACAUGUUGAGCGCGAUAUCGAAUCUGACCUUGCAGCAUCUCCCAAUCAUCUUUAUACAAACGAUGUCGAAUUGAUGGAGAGAGUAAAUGUCUCGCAAAUGUUUCCAAAUCUCAAGUUUUUCACGAAAGAGUAUACGCUGGAAGACAUUUGUACCUGUAAAAUGUUGGUCAAUGUUUUAUCAACUUCGAAAUCAUUGACUGGACUCAUUUGUGAAGCUCCAUGUCUUGCCGUGGCUCCUAUGACGAUAGACUUUUGCUGUCAUGUCGACAUCGAUGAUAUUGUUAAACACUGUGGUAGCCUAGAGUACCUGGUUUCAUUGUAUCGACCUUUUCUUGGCAGUUAUUUCUUAAAAUAUAAAUUUGGUCAGAAUGUCAAAUACUUCGAAGGUUCAAUUGAAGGAUACGACGACGAUGAGGAAGAUAAAGAUUAUGAUUUCAUGUUCAAACAAAUAUAUUUGCUAUGUUAUUACUUGAAACAAAUGCCAAAUCUUGAAGUUCUGCAUCUGAAAGAACCACCAAGUAAUUACAAUAAUUUAUAA